AUGCUGUUUCUCUCUUUCACAGAGCCCAUCUAUGUGCCCUUCCUGAUGGUGGGCUCCAUCUUUGUGGCGUUUGUAGUGGUCGGUUCUUUAGUGGCCGUGUACUGCUGCACCUGCCUGCGACCCAAGCAGCCCACACAACAGCCCAUCCGCUUCUCACUGCGCAGCCAGGGCGAAACCAUCCCCAUGAUCCUCACCACAGCCCCUCCCAGCCUCCGCACACCAUCACGCCAGUCCAGCACGGCCACCACCAGCUCCAGCUCAGUGGGUGGAGGCAGCUCAGUCCGGCGAUUCUCCCUGGGCCGGGGUGACGGGCUGGGACAGUGUUCGCAACAGCAGCUCCUGGUGGUCUCAUCUUCCACGGCCUCCACUCCUGUGUCCGUGGCCCCGACGCAGCCUCUAUUGGCUCCGCUUCCUCCACCGCCCUACACCUCCCAGCAGGGCCUGCAGGGUAGUAACUCUCUCCAGCACACGCACGCUCACAGCCAGUUACAGCUGCACCACCAGACCCUGCAAAGCUCCGGCUUCCUUCUGCCACAACAGUACUUCUUUCCCCUGCCGCAGGAACCGUUCUCCACAAACAAGGGCUUUGCUGACUUCAGCCAGAGCUGACCUGGGGUUCCCUGCUGCUGCUCAAAAGGAAACGGACACCAAAGAAUCUGUCAUUCACAAUGCCGUUGUUGUAGACUCAUAUUACAGGGGUUCCUGUUCAAGGAAAUAGGCACUAAUGUGUCUUUCAGCAAGCUCGAUUGGCACUUUGAGAGCGCAGCUGGAAUUUAAGAGCCAUGUGGGCCACUAAAGCUGAUGAGAUAGUGAACUAGCAAUCAAACAGACACUCAAGUGCUGGAUACAACAUGCCAGAACAUGGAUGCCUGUUUCUAAAUGUACAACUGAUCAAAUCUUGUAUGCACUGUUUAAAAAAAAUUUUUUUUUUUAAAGAACUCCAUCUGGUCAGUGACACUCCACUGAACAUUUAGCCUCUGUAUUUGAGAUAAUUUGAUAUAUACUGUAUAGACAUUACAAAAGAACGACAGAAUUUCAUGACAAUCUCAAUCCCAUUUUAGGGGUCCUGCAUACAAAUGGUGCACUGUAUGAAUGGGGAUUUUAUAGAAAUGUUCUUAUUUUUCCAAAGUGUCAGAUUGAAGUUUUAAAUUGCCAGAUUGAGAUAGAAUUUUUUAAUAACAUUUAAAACAGGCAUUCAUCAUGCAUUAUUCUUGCUCAUAAUACACAGAGUAUCAGUCACAUAAGGAACAGGUUAACAUUACGUGAAUGUACAGCUACCCUUGGGAAAACCUCUGUUUCUAAUGUUUGGAGAACAUUCAUUCUUCAAUUUUUUAUAAUUUGUAGCAAUCUGAAAGCCAUUAUUGGCUCAGUUUCAGAUUACACUGGCAACACAGUUUUGUUAUAUUUGAUACGAGACGUUUUGUAAAUGAUCAGGUGUAUCUAAAUGUACAGAGCAGCUGGAAGCACAUCAUGUGACGAGACGGCCUUCAAAUAAGUAUUACAGUCUCUAACCAACAGUGUUUUUGAGCUAAAUUAAACUCUUAUCUUCCACCUGUGGUUAGUUGGUCUCAUCUCUCUGAAACAACAGUAAUACAUCAGAUAUACGAAUGGAAGAACAUUCAAAAACUGUAUAUCACAUCACUAACAUAAAAGGUUCCAUUUUUUA